CUUACAUGUCAAUAUACCGCCAGCCCUAUGCCUGCAUUCCCUGUGCUUCUAAGAAGCGAAAAUGUGACCGGCUUUUCCCAUCCUGUACAAGAUGUACCAGUGUGGACCAGCAGUGUUUGUAUUUUAAACAUUUAAGCUCUCGCUCUUCUGGUCCACAGAAUUUGAAAUAUGAAAAACAGAAUCCGGACGCUCUGCAUAGCGCAGGGCUAUCUCUACAGUCAGGGGUAUCUCCCAUAGCCUGUAUCAGAUGCCAGAAAGCAAAACGACGGUGUACCAAACAACUGCCAACAUGCUUACGGUGUGAAAGACAACAGCUUUCGUGUGAAUAUUCGAAGUUCGAGUUAAUUCUCCCUGGCCCUAAUUCGGCCACAUCGCAACCCCAGGGUCUUCCACAUUAUUUAGCACCAAGUGGCUACCAUCCCAUUCGCCAAAAUCUAGGUUGCUUUUGCGCCAAUGGCAAUUGCGAGGGGAAAUCCUGUGGCAGACGUUUUGUCUUACAGCAUAGGGAUGUCUCUCUACGGACCCUGUACGGACUCCAGUUCGAAGUCGAUUAUCCUAUCCAGAGAAAAGAGCACUUCGCCAGCAUGCUUGGGCAUUUUUCCUCACUUCUACCAAAGGACUUUGCGCUACCGAAUAGUCUAACACGACAUGUUUUGACGACAUGGAUGCGUCGCUCCAUAAGUGACCCGUGUCUAUUCCAUGCUACCCUUUUCUGCGCGUCAGCAGACUUGGAUGCACAUCAAAAUACCCCCCAUAGCCCCCGGACAACUUUCCACCAUAUGCAAGCAGCAAAAGUAUUGCGGGAACGCAUCGCGCAGCCCGGAUUUCGCCUCACCUAUGAAACUGCCGGAGCAGCAAUGGCUCUCAGUUACUUUAAUUUAGCUUCCAACAACAUAGAAAGUGCCUUUGUACACCUCAAUGGCCUCAUACAACUCCUGGAAUUAAAACAAGAUGAGGACACGGAUUUUGAAAGCCUGAUUGGUCUUGCUAACCUGACAAUCAUUACCUGCUCCUCGGUUCUGAACAAGGAAUUUCCAGUUUUUUCACCCUCAUCACGACUACUGGCAGCUCCACAACCAUUCAGCUUGUUGGAAAGAGUACUGGCAAGAGCCAAUACCGGUGGCAUUUCAGUCAAGAAAACAAACCACAAAAAUGGCCUUCUUAAUGACUCGUCCCUCCUCAGGAUAAAAGAGAUCUUGAAAUUCCUCAUACAAACAACAACAGGUCCACACCUAACACCAGAAAUUUUAGUCCAAGCACAACUCGCCAAUUCACAAUUGGGAAAAAGAGAAGAAUCUUUAGUCACGGAUCCAAAGAUAGGUUCAACUUCUACACAGAACAUAAAUAAAUGCUGCGAACUCACUGCGGAGAUAUUCUGGAACAUUGUUCUCUAUGCACCGGGAAGCGACGCAAACGCAAGACUUGAGCCGCCAAAGCUACAUGUCCUAACGGCUAUGUUAGCCAAAAUCAGCCCAAUACAUUCAGGUUGGCUCGAAUAUGCCCCGGAAGCAUACGCUUGGGUGUGGUUCACAGCUACAGCAGCAUUUUCAGAUUCCCAUGAUCAAAGAACCUUCAUGAGGACCGCGGUGCCUUUUCUUACGGGGAUAGACUCCGCUGAGCUCUGCCUUGUGAGAGAAAGCUGGAGGUAUCUUAGAUGGCUGAAGGAGAUACGUGCACUUUAUGAUUUUGGCUCUCCUGGCGAAAGAAUGCUCUAUUCGUGACAAGAUUUUUAUUAAGAGUGCCCGUGUACCUCCUAUACAUAUGAAUCAUAAUAUAUGAUGUCGAUUGGGCAAUUAAUUAUCUUCCGGCAAAGCUUCGUCCAUUGCCAAUGUAAUUCUCCGAAGGAACCUGCGGAUACGCCUUCAAAUUCGGAUUGGAGUGGUCGCUUCCUCCAAGGGUACAGCCUAUUUUCUAAGCUCCAGAUGAUCCUAAUAAGCUUGUUUGGGAAUGUAAUUUGGAAUAGAAGUUGUAGGCUUAGUAGACAUCUAGGUACACUGUUUCGAUGAUAUUGUCAACCGUCAUCCGCUUAGUUGGAUCGGGCUGUAAAACAGCAUACAGAAACACAACAUCGUAUUCCGGAAUUCCUUGUGCUACCAACCGGUCGGUCCAAUGUUCCUCGUCAGAAUCCAGGCCUUCCGUUGCGC